AUGGCACUGUCAGACGGUGUGGACCGCCGUCCAGUUUGCAGUGAGGUUUAUGCAAACACAAUCAUAAACACGGUCAUGUUUGUAUUACCUGUUAGAAUUUAUCAGUGCAUUAAAGUAAGGAUUUUGAGGAUGUGGAAGGUUCCCUCAUAUGAAAAGAGUUACUCCCAACCUUCAAUGGAGUUGGUUGUCCUCGACAAAGAGGGAACUCGAAUCCAUUAUUUCAUUCGAUCCUUUCAUUACCGUCCUUUUGAAUCGAUUCUUGAGGAGGGCAAGGUGUUUGUUCUGGCCAACUUCACAAUUGACUCAAACUCGUUGAAAUUCAAGCCCACUAAGCAUAAUAUGAGGAUCAUAUUUAAGAGGGACACCUUGGUUUCGAGUGCCGAGGAUAUAGAUAUUCCAAUUGAGUCGUUUGAUUUCGUGCCAACCAAGGAAAUCCUAUCUUCGGUUAGGGAUGACUUAUUUCUUAUUGGUGUUAUGACUAUCACCAACACAAACUACACAAUAAGGCUCAUGGUGAAUGUUGACCUUGAAGUGGUUAGGAAAUUCCGCCAAAAGAUGAUUGGACUUGGUAGCAAGCUUACCACAAGCGUUGAUGUUAUAGGCCGGGUAGUAAGGCAUUCUCCUACUGAAGAUUUUCUCAGCCUUACACCUUAUGCACCAAUAUAUCAGAUAAAGCAAACUGUUGAGAAAUCGACCUAUGUGACCUGUGAGACUGUCAUCGACAUUGACAGAGAUCAUGCAUGGUGGUACAAGGCUUGCAGGCAAUGCACACAGGGACUGGAGUCACUUACUGACCAAUUUUAUUGUGCCAAAUGUGAUGUUUACGCUUCAACUUUUUUUGCAAGGUUUUGCAUUCAGGUUCGGGUUGUCGAUGACUCAGAUACAGCAACCUUUGUUCUCUCUGAGAAUUACACCUCAAAGUUCUUAGGUUUAUCUGCCAUUGACAUCUGCAGCGAUCUGCUUGCUAAGGGUUAUGGAAGGGAUCAUUUCCCAGGGGAGCUGAAUGCACUAAUUGAGAAGACACUCCUUUUCAAGCUAACUGUUAGGCAUGAUAGCCUAAAUAAAUUUCAGGCGUGCGUGAUCACCGUGUCUAGGAUAUGUUCUGAUCCAGAAAUUAUGGCCUCACUUGCUUUAGAAAACAAUAUUAAUUUGGACAUAUUGCAGAAGGUGACCACAGCCUCGGGUGAUCGCAGUGGUGAAUUGAUUCGAACUGGGAGCAUCGGCGGCGUUGCUGGUUCCAUCACCCCUCCGAGCUCCAAAGCCGCAACUAUUUGUGAGGCAGACGCUGACCACAUGGCUACACAUACACCUGUGAAGCGGAUCUGCAUUAGAUAUGAUGAUAUCAGCUCUUCCCGUGCCUCUUUCACUGCAUCCAAGAGUCUACUGCCUACAUUUGAGAGGUGCAUGUGA